AUGACGCCUGAUGUGAUUCGGCCCGUCGCUGCCGGGGGAGGACUGCCAGUAGUAACCAAAAUGCAGGACCCCAAGGAGAAGUUCUACCGCCAUUUCCAGGUCGAAGUGACUUCCCUCCAAGACCAAAUAGAUCGCCUGUCUACCAUUGCUGCUGUUGGUGGCGAAAGGAAGGAUGCCGCCGAUUCCAUACUGGCUGCCAUCUCUAGGUUGUCCAGUGAGGUUGCCGAUGCCUCGGACUUCGUCCCCUCCUACGACCAACGGAACUAUGCCCAAGCCAUCAAGACCCUAACAGACAAGCUCAAUGUGACAACCGCCAAGCUCGCACCCCGAUCCAGGUUUCAAUUCAAGUCCCGUAUCCAGCCUUCAAGCGCCAAAUCAGAUCCUCGCGUACUCUCCAACAGCAACGACACUGCCACCUCACAAGCUGCCAGGACACCCGCCGCGAGCACCGCCUCCGAGGCGCAAGACACGAUUGCACCGCUGGCCCCAACGACGGUCCGGAAUUACAAUGAUGAGAUGGCACAGCCGUCGACUUCUCACAUCCGCAAACCUAGUUUCUCUACCGCUCGCGACAUCGCCAUCUACGGCCAAACCGACCUGCACAUCCUGCUGCCCGCCACCGCCAGCCAUGCCACCUCAUCCGGCCGCCUGACCGACAUUUCCGGUUGCGUUGUGGACAUGUCGCGUGCCACGGGCAGCGCCGCACCAUUCGCAAACCUGGCACUCAAAAACAUUGAACGGAGUCUCGUGCUAGCCGGUAACGUCGAUGGGCCGGUGCAUAUCACGGGAAUCCGCAACAGCAUUCUCGUCGUGUCAGCACGGCAAGUACGAAUUCACGAAUGCCACAACGUGGACGUUUAUUUCUACUGCGGGAGCAGACCCAUCAUUGAGGAUUGCUCACACAUGCGAUUUGCCCCGCUCCCUAGGUCCUUUGAAUCACCCGGUGAUGACUCGAAGAAUCAGUGGGACCAAGUCGAUGACUUCAAAUGGUUGAAGGCUGAAGCCAGUCCGAAUUGGAGUGUGCUUCCCGUGGACGAGAGGUUGGAGGAGAGGAUUUGGUCGGACGUGGUACCAGGAGAACCAGGCAAGGGACUGAAGGAUAUUCUCCAGGCAGUCAAGAUCGCCAGGGGUUGA